AUGUCUGCUGUAUAUAUUCUCGACAGCAAAGGACGUAUCCUUAUCAACUUCGACUACAGAGGCGAAGUCGAUAUGUCCAUCCCAGAUAAGUUCAUGGCGCACAUUCAAUCAAACGACAAGAUCCUUCCAAACCCAGUCUUCCGUGUUGAUGACUGGUGCUUUGCAUACAUCGAGCGCUCUGGUCUCUACUUGCUUACCGUCACACGCACAAACUCAAACGUUACACUUCUUCUUACAUUCCUUUCUUCUCUUGUUAAAGUCUUCGAAUACUAUUUAGGAACACUCUCUGCCGAAACAAUUAUCGAUAACUUCUCCCUUGUCUACGAACUUCUCGAUGAAGUUAUGGAUUAUGGCUACCCACAAAUUACCGAUCCACAGUCCUUGUCCGAAUAUAUCCAGCGUGAUAAGCCACGUGACAUCAACGCCCAGCCAAAGACAGUCCCAGUCUCCGCUACAGGUGUCGUCAACUGGCGUAAACCAGGCCUCGAGUACGCAGUUAACGAAGUCUUCGUUGAUGUCAUUGAGAAGGUCAAUAUGCUUGUUGCCAAGAAUGGCGCUGUCAUCCACAACGAAAUCGUUGGUGAGAUCAACCUUGCUACAUACCUUUCAGGUAUGCCAGAACUCCGUAUCGGCCUCAACGACAAGAUCCUCUUCGAUCAGAACGGAAACGGAGAUCACCAGACAGAUGUUUCCCGUCGUGUCUUUGAGCUUGAAGAUAUCAAGUUCCACGCAUGCGUUAAGCUCUCCCAGUUCGAGCGCGACCGCUCCAUCACAUUCAUCCCACCAGAUGGCGAAUUCAACCUCAUGAGGUACCGCCUUUCCGCUGCUAUCAAGCCAAUCAUCCACAUCGAUUCUACAAUCGAACGCUAUAAGAGAUCUCGUGUCGAAAUGCUUAUCCGCGCCCGUGCUCAGUAUCGUCCACAGUCUGUCGCUCAGAACGUUACAAUCCGUGUCCCAGUUCCUCCGGAUGUCGAUACUCCAAAGGCUCAGUGCACAGCUGGUCGUAUGAGAUACUCUCCAAACGAUAACGCUCUCGUCUGGACAAUCAAGCAGUUCCCAGGCCGCAAGCAAUUCUCCCUCCGCGCUCACUUCGGCCUCCCAUCCGUUGAAUCUGAAGAAGAAGAAUCAAAGCGCCCAAUUGUUGUCAACUUCGAAAUCCCAUUCUUCACAGUCUCUGGCCUUCGCGUUCAGUACCUCAAGGUUAUCGAACAGACUGGCUACCAGGCUGUUACUUGGGUUCGCUACCUUACAACAGAUGGCACUUACGAAUUCCGUACAUAA